AUGAAUGCACAUCGAGGUUCAUACGACCCAAAUAAUCCAGUUACGUCACACACUGCGAUACGUCCGGUAUCCAUAAAAAAUAUGGAUGGCAAAUCUCCACGGUAUAAUCAGCGUCCGGACAGUGUUGGUGGAUCCCUUGGAAUUGACAGGGAGAACAAAGAUCAGGAGUGCUGCUUUGCUUUCGUUUUGAAGAUCGAAAAUUUCAAGGAUUACUUAUCUGAAAUUAGUUGUUGUACGUGGCUGAAUAAUAUACCACUAGUUGCCUUUCUAGUCGGUAUUUUGAUCCUUCUGGCUAUUUUAAUCAUUUUGCCGUUCCUGAUUGCAUCGUUCAUCAUACGUGGUUAUUCGUCGACAUCCUUGAAUGACAGUCAGACGGUGGAGAUCAUUAGAGCACAGUCGAACUGGCCCAGUGCUGACCUGUCGCUACACCUUAGGUCCUUUAAGUCGAUGAUUCCUCCGAAUAUUACGCUGUGCAGGGGAUAUGGGUUUUCAUGCACAAAUUUACCGAGUCUUGUCAUUGGAACAUUGCAACGUUGCGAUGGUGUCGAAGAUUGUCCAGAUGGAAGCGACGAAACUGGAUGCAAAUUGUGUCACACGUCGAUCAACUGUUCCAGUACAACACAUGGAGUCAUUUCAUCGAGAUAUUCGUUGUGUCUACGGGGUUACCGUUUAUGUGAUGGAAAUAUUGACUGUCCAGAUGGUUCUGACGAGGAGCGUUAUUGCAAAAAAGAAUGCUCAAGACACGAAGUACGAUGUGGUAAGACAGGUAUAUGCUUGGCCCACGAGCAGAUAUGCGAUGGUGAUGUGCAGUGUAAGUACGGAGAAGAUGAGAAGAACUGUGAUGGUAAAUGUAGCGGAGGCGCAUUAUGGUGUGAGGAGAAGAAAAAGUGCAUACCCAAGUGGCAAAUUUGUGAUGGCGUUCAAAAUUGCCCGGAUGGCAAGGAUGAAAUGGAUUGCACAUGCAGAGAAUGCUCAGGUAUCGGAAAGGCAUUGUGUAAUAACAGCAAUGUUUGCAUCGAACGUUCGCAGGUUUGUGACGGUAAUGAGGAUUGUCCUGGUGGAGACGAUGAAGUUAACUGUCCCGGAAGUUGCGCACAUAGCUCAAAAGAGGAUUUUAUCCGAUGCCGAGGUGGUAUUCUGUAUCAUAGAAAGUAUGCUUGCAGUGGAAUAUUGAAUGAGUGCGAAGGGAAGUGUAAUGAGUGUUUCAAAGAGAUGGCAUUUACUUGCAGCAAUCAUAAAUGCAUCGAAAAGAAUUUGGUAUGUGAUGGCCUGGACGACUGUGGCGACAAUUCCGACGAGACGAACUGUGACUGCGCUGCUCUGAAGCAUUUAGGAGACACAAUGCAAUGCAAGGUGUAUACUCGUGGCGGGACGACUAAGUGCAUUUUAUUGUCGCAACGUUGUGAUGGUUACGAGGAUUGUCCGGAUGGUGAGGAUGAGAGAAACUGUGAGAAAUGCGUAAAUCCAGAUGCUGUUUACUGUGCGCCAACGAAAACUUGCAUGGUGAGCACGAAGCGUUGUGAUGGUGUUACUGACUGUCCCGACAGUAACGAUGAACAAAGAUGUAGUUGUGCAGAAUGCAGAAUACACGGAUUCCCAAUAUAUAUGUGUGCAAAUGUGGCCAGAUGCUUCAGGCGACACGAAGUGUGCAGUCCCUAUACGCAGUGUCCUAAUCCUUCGAAAGUGGACAAGCUGUUUUGUGCCAGCCAAGCUCGACAAAGCGCUUUCCUUGCUGCAAAAAAGAAGGAGUGA